UCCUCAACUGCGUUUACCCACUCCACGCAGCAGAUGGCGAUGUGCGUCUGUUUAGGUUCAGGCGACGCUGCCAGUGUGACGUCAAUCUAGUGGACGGGACGCUCCUUCAACAACAACAGCUAGUCAGACACCUCGGUAGCUUUCUAGCAAACACAGCUACAACAUUCACGCUCUUUACACUGUUUUUGGUGUAUAUUAGUCGCUGUGUAUUAAACACACUUCUGUCCUAUGUACUUGUUGGCCCAUUUAAUUAUAUGUUUACGUUGUUUGUUUGUCAGGUAGCUGGUUUGCUAAGUUAGCUUAGAACUUGUCUAGUCGCUAAUGCUAACAUCUCCGACCAUGAGUUCACUAAGCGACUCUCCUCCUGAUAAAGAAGAGGAGGUCUGCUGGACGGAGAAAGAAGCUCUCGUCAAAGACGAGGAGGAAGAGAAGGAUGUUACAAUACAAAAACAAGUAGAGGGUGAGGCUGUUACCGUGAAAGAACAAAAAGACGUUUCAAUGAAAGAAGAGGAAGACGCGUUCAGAGUGAAAGAGGAGGAGGAUGUUAUAGUAAAAGAAGAGGCGGAGGGGGAGAUGACUGUCACAUUGGAGGAAGAAGAGGAGGUUGGAGAUCUGUUUAACACCAGAGAGAGACGGGACUAUCGUGGAUCCUCUGGGGUGCCUCAACAACCUCAUGAUGCUGAAGAGGCAGAGAAGAGUCUCUCCAGAUCAGAACACCUCAACAAACACCUGCAGAGACCCACAGGGAAGAGAACUCACUGCUGCUCUGACUGUGGGAAGAGAUUCACCUCCUCAUCAGGCAUUAAAAUUCAUCAGAGUCCACACAGGAGAGAAACCUUAUAUCUGUACUCAAUGUGGGAAGAGUUUUACUACAUCUAGCCAUCUGACAUUACACCAGAGAACACACACAGGAGAGAAACUUAUAUCUGUGAUCAAUGUGGGAAGAGUUUUUCUGCAUCUAGCUAUCUGACUCUACUCCAGAGAACACACACAGGAGAGAAACCCUAUAUCUGUGAUCAAUGUGGCAAGAGUUUUGUUCGAUCUGACCAGCUGACAUUACACCAGAGAACACACACAGGAGAGAAACCUUAUAGCUGUGGUCAAUGUGGGAAGAGUUUUGGUCAAUCUGGAGAUCUGACAGUGCACCAGAGAACACACACAGGAGAGAAAUCUUAUAGCUGUGAUCAAUGUGGGAAGAGAUUUGCCACUUCAGGCUCUCUGACUCUACACCAGAGAACACACACAGGAGAGAAAUCUUAUAGCUGUGAUCAAUGUGGGAAGAGAUUUGCCACUUCAGGCUCUCUGACUCUACACCAGAGAACACACACAGGAGAGAAACCUCAUAGCUGAAACCACAUAUAAUCUGAUAAAAGAUCUCUGCUCAAAUAUCAGAACAUGUAUACAUGAUGGAGUUGUUUCAUGAUAUCAAUGAAUUAAUGUCACAAUGUAGAAUGUUUUAACAUUGUAGUUGGAGUGUUUCCCUUAUCAAUUGAUUUCAACAUGAUAUCGAUGAGUGAUGACAAAUAAGUGUUGCAGUCCUUUGUUUAUCGACCCCUGAAUUUAAAUGCAUCUCUCCAAAAUGUAGCUGACUGUCUUCUGCAGGUUGUUCUCCAACCAGUGAGGUAAAAGAUAUCUCCCAUUUCCAUGUGUUUCUUUAGUUGUGUUCGUUUCAACAUCAGGUAGAACUGAUUCCCCCCUAAUCGACAUCAGUGAUUUAUUUAUUGCUACAUUUUUGGUGCUUGUGCAGUUUAUAAGGAAUUUGUUUAAAAAAUACAAGUAAUAUGAUUAUUGUGGCAGGUGUUUGUGUAUAUUGUACAAUUUAUGUUUAGUUUUUCAAUUUAUCACAAACUGUUUCUGCAUAUUAGUUAUUGAUUUCGACGCGUUUAAACUGUGACAUUGGGGAUAUCCCACCUAGCAAAAUGUCGUUGAUAAGACUGCCCGAAGUCCAAUAUAAGUUUGGUUUUAGUUGAAAGUUGAAAAGAAAACAAUUUACAAUUUAAUUUCAACGUACUUGUAGCCUAUACACAUGGUCGCAGUAUAAUAAAUUGAGUCUAUAAUACA